UUAACUUAGUAUAUAAUGUUUCCAAUUAAUAUAUUAUUUUUUUUAGUGUACAUAAUACAUAUAAUUGAGCCUAAUGACUAUAUGAAUCAAAAGGAGAAUGAGUUAUGUCAAGUGCUUUUUCAAUCAAAUAAAAACUUUACUUGUGAAAGAAUUGACCAGUGUCCAAUUGAUAGAUUUGUAGGAGUAGACAAUCAUAUGUAUCCACGGAUUUGUAGAUUUCACGGUCGAACUCCAGUCGUUUGUUGUCCUGCGUCAAACAGAGAAACAGAAGAUAAUACUGCUAUCAAAAAAUGUAAAGAAUAUAAUUCCAUGAUGACUAAUAAUAGUAGCUGGAUCAAAUUUAAGAAUUGCCCGGCUAAAUAUCUUAAAAAUAAACUUAGUAUUGUUGGUGGUACAUCAGCUAAAUCAUCAGAGUUUCCUCAUAUGGUCCUUUUAGGAUUUGGGGAACGAUUUGAAAAUGUUGAAUGGUCUUGUGGAGGGUCUUUAAUUAGUGAUCGUUAUAUUCUUUCAGCAGCACAUUGCUCUAAACAAAGAUUUAAAGGUUCAGUUAAAUGGGCUUUAAUGGGUGAUCACGAUUUAGCAACUAAUCAGGAGAACGAAGAUCCCCAAAUUCGAGAAAUUAUAAGUCUGACUGUUCAUCCAGAUUACAAGGCUCCUUCUCUUUACAAUGAUAUUGGAUUAUAUCUAUUGAAUUCAUCUGUCGAUUUUAAUAAAUUUAUUUUUCCAGUAUGUUUAAAUACAAAACCAGAUUUUGCAGUAGAUCAUGCUACAGCAAUUGGUUGGGGAAGAAUUGAUUCAGCUGGUCCAACAAGUAAUAUUCUGAUGAAAGUUGCAUUACAAAUAGUUAAACCAAGUGAUUGUAACCAAAGUUACUCCAAUAUAAUAGGUAAUAAGCUUUUAUUUGGUAUAAAUUCAGAUAGUCAAAUCUGUGCUGGAGAAAAAAAAGGAGGAAAAGACACUUGUCAGGGUGAUUCUGGAGGUCCUCUAUUAAUUUCUCAUUCGGAAUUUGAUUGUAUGUACUCGCAAGUGGGUAUAACUUCAUUUGGUAAACUGUGUGGAGAACCGAAUGUGCCCGGAGUCUAUACAAAAAUAUCAAAAUAUAUUAAUUGGAUAGAAAAAGUAGUGUGGCCGACACAAUAAAUGUGUGUUUUUCACAAGUGAAACUAUAUGAGUAUACAUCAUACUUAAUUGAUUUUUAAAAAUCAAAAUAUUAAA